CGUGCAUCCCCCUUGCGGCCCCCCUAAGACUUCCGGAGGACGGGCAUGGGUAAAGGAGGAGGAAGGAGGGUUGAUAGUGGCCGACUAUGGUGGACAGGUGUGGGUGAUGGAGGAAGGGGAAGGGUUGGAGAUGGUCGGCUAUGGUGGACGGGUGUGGGUGAUGGAGGAAGAGGAAGGGUUCGAGGUGGUCGGAUAUGGUGGACGGGCGUGGGUGAAAGAGGAGGAAGAAGGGUUGGAGGUGGUURGCUAUGGUGGACGGUUGUGGAUGAAGCAGGAGAAAGAAGGGUUGGAGGUGGUCGGCUAUGGUGGACGGGUGUGGGUGAUUGAGGAAGAAGAAGGGUUGGAGGUGGUUGGCUGUGGCGGACAGGCGUGGGUGAUGGAGGGGGAAGAAGGGUUGAAGGUGGUCGGCUAUGGUGGACGGGUGUGGGUGACGGAGGAGGAAGGAGGGUUGAAGGUGGUUGGCUAUGGUGGACGGGUGUGGGUGAUGAAGGAAGAAGAAGGGUUGGAGGUGGUCGGCUAUGGUGGACGGGUGUAGGUGAUAAAGGAAGAAGAAGGAU